ACCAAACCAAACCAAACCAAACCAAACCAAACCAACGAAACAAUGCCCGGAAUCAAAAAGUGGUUAGCCAAACGGCUCGGUGGCAAAUCUUUCUCCUCCAAGCGAGAUCCUGUGGUCGCAGCAGACAAGUCGGACAACGCGAGUACUACCAUCAGUGAGCAACAAGACAGAACCGAAGAUGUCAAGGCUGUGGAACUGUGGCUGGAGAUGUGGCGGCAAAAGAGGCUGGAUGAGGUUGUGGCUCUUUCAUCUCCGGACUGCCAGUAUCAUGUGACUUUGGAGGAUGGCGAAAUGAUGGAAGUAAAACUCCAAGACUUUAUUGACCAGAUGGCAAGUUGCUACGAAUCCUUCCCGGACUAUGAUAGUGUUUGGGAAUCUAUCGAGCCAGAUCCGACCAAUGGUUCCAUUGUCAUCAAGAACUACACAAGCCAUGCUACCCACACCGGAACCCCCUUUGCUUUUGGCCCUUAUCCUGCCAUUCCUGCCAGUGGAGCAGAGAUUCACGAUGAUGCUAUUUCCAUGUAUAUUUUCCUCAAGGAUGGAAAGCCAAUCUACAUCAAGACUGCUUUUGAGGGUGUGCAAAUUGGACCUGCUGCAUACUACACACAGAUUGGUGGCAUCAUCAUCUAAAAAGGUAGAAAGGGGGAGCGAAGAGAUGAACGAAGUUUCCCCUGAGUUUUGAGGAAUCCAUUGCUUGCAAACAACAGUAGCGGAAGUGUAAUAGUCUUACUAAUAGGAGGUAGUUUCAUUU